AUGAACGAAAAGCAUACGAAAAGUCGAGUCGCUAUCAUAGGCACGGGUCUCGCCGGUCUUAGUAGUGCUUAUCUCAUUAAGGGAGACCAUUAUAGGGUGACGUUGUUCGAACAGGGCGACAGAAUAUCCUUCGAUUCUGCUUCUGUUACGAUCAAGAACGAGAAAUACGACGAUGCCGAACGAAUCGAUCUGCCAAUGCGCGCGAGCGCUGACGGCUACUACCACAACUUGAUGCGCAUGUAUCAACAUUUACAAAUCCCGCUGCAUCCAAUCAAAUUCCUUUUUGUCUUUGCAAAAGCAGCCACGAGCGUCGACGGAACUGUCCCAGUCAAGGGAAGCGAUAACGAGGCAUACUUCAUCCAUGCGUCCAACUUGCACCAGACACCGCCGCCGUGGCCCGGCAAUCGCGGUGUGAUUGCGCACUUUAUCGAGAUUGUCUUCCUGAUUGUGUGCCAAUUCUGGUUCACCAUUGCGUGCUUCCUCGUCGCGCCGUUGAAGACCACAUCUUCCGGAUACAGCGAGACCGUCUCCGAAUACUUCGAUCGCAUACGUUUACCCCGACGAUACACAUCGCGUUAUUUGCUUCCGCUUCUGAGCGGUGUAGCGACGUGCACACACGAAGAGCUGCUCCAAUUCCCCGCGAGCGACGUGGUCAACUACAAGAAGCUUUCGCAUGGCAAGCAGCAUUACGCUGUCUGCGGCGGAGUCUCGCAGGUCCAGGCCAAAUUGACGGAAGGGCUGGAGGAUGUCAACCUCAAUAGUCGUGUGAUUGAAGCUGUGCCUCAGGUCGAUGGUACCGUGCUGGUUCGCUGGCAAUCUACCGUUGACGCAUCCGGGCGCAUCCACGAGCAAGUCUUUGACCGCGUUAUCCUCUCCGUCUCUCCUGAUGUCGCUGGCCGCAUCUUCAAACCGCUGGGGUCUACAUUGGCGAAGCUUCCGACUCGUCAAGUCGAAAGCUCUGUUUUGAAGCCGGAAAAGGCGGGAAUCAGCGUCGUCGACACCGACAACGAAGGUUCCAGCCAAUCCAUCGCUUGUAUGCACCAUUCGAAAGACACAUCAGCAGCCCAGGUCUUGACCUUGCGAACGAUGUUCAACGAUGUGGGAAGCCCUCGCACAGAGGCUCUUCACGCCAUGCCCAGCGGAGUCGUUGUCAGCACAUGUCCGCUACGCGAAGAGGCACAGCCAGAAGCAAUCAAGAAGGCCAAGUUUACCAGAACUCUCAGAAACACAGAGGGCCAGGCCCUCGUUCAGAAAUUGCUAGGGGAAUCGGGAUCGAAGAAGAGCGAGGAUGGUGAGGCCAUGGCUUGGGUCAAUGGACAGGAUAAUGUGUGGAUCGCUGGUGCUUGGUGCUGGGAUGGCAUGGUUCUGCUGGAGGGAUGUGUCGUGUCGGCCAUUAGGUGGGUGAAAUCAGUGCGUAAAUCGAGCGACCGUGAAAUGUCACCAUCUUUCUUCAUCACAUUCAACAGCCGUGAACUCACGGCGCGGACCGCAAUCGCUAUCGACACCAUGUUCUUCGAUCAAGACAGUUUUGGCCUUGGCUUUGCCGCAGGGCUCGUCACGACCCUGGCCAUCGCUGGUAUCAUUGCUUUGGUGGUGAUGCGAAUGAGCGAUAUCUACGGUCUGGGACACUGGAAGCUCAACAUUACGACGCGACCACCCUCCAUGUGGAUGAACGUUGGAUACUGGAAAACUCAUACAGGCGAGCCAAUUAACACGCUCCCCGAGGCUGCCUCUGCGCUGCUCGAACAGGUUGUGAGCGCGGCCGGGCUGUCGGGUGAUGCACCUGGUAAAGCUAGUCCUCGCGGUUCCCUCGCCAUUCUAGAUCUGGGGUUCGGAUGUGGUGACCAGACUUGGCAAUUGGCGAGGACGGCUACGGAGCAGGGCUGGAGGGAUUUCCGCUAUGUUGGGCUUACGCUCAAUGAUGCGCAGGUCCAGACGUCGCGACGCAGGAUUUAUCGCGAGCUGUCUGAGGCGGGAACCCCAUUUGAUGCGGAGGCGUUCAGUCUCUUCCGCGCCGAUGCCGCAAAGCCGCAAACUUGGAGUCCCAAGAUCAAAGAGGCUGUUUAUUCACUGGCUGAUGAGAAGUACACGGAGCGAUGGCUGCUUGCUCUCGACUGUAUCUACCAUUUCUCUCCGUCCCGAAAACCCGUUCUCUCACAUGCCGCCAAAGAACUCGACGCCAAUUACAUGGCAUUCGAUCUCCUCCUCAACGAGAAGGCCUCCACCAAGGACAUCUGGAGGGCUAGACUCAUCGGAAAAAUGAUGGGCUGCCCACUCAAAACCUUCCUCUCGGAGGCAGAGUACAGAGAUCAACUGGUGGAGUGCGGAUAUGACCGCAACGAGAUCACGAUUAAGGAGAUCACAGACGAUGUCUUUUCGGGCCUGGUCAAGUUCCUCGAUCGCCAAGACAAAUUGCUAACAGAAUACGGCAUCACAAUGGGCGGCUUCAAAUUAGCAGGGAGAUUGUUCAACUGGUUCGACAAGUCCCGUGUCGUAAGAGCCGUGGUCGUCGUCGCUCGCACCAAGAGCAAGACAGGAUAG